UACGAACUCGACGUGCAAAAUAAGUCAUAGCAUGGCGCAGCAGUCGGUUUUGCUGUUGCGGCUGCUUGCAGAGGGCCUUUGUCUCCCGGUGGCUUUGUUGCGGCCCUCACUUAGAUGGAGACCUGGACCUGGGAUGCCACUCCAGCUCUAUGUGAAGGUGUCGGGAAAGGAAGAUGUGAUCGUGGCCUUGGAGCUCCUAGAGGCUGGCUGGAGCUUGGAAGACCGAACCCCGGACCAAUUAGAUUCUCUCCAAGUCUUCACGAGGGAAGUCUUGGAGUUGCUGUCCCUUGAAGAUGAGCUGCUCUUGGCACCCUUGCGAGAGGAAUUUCGCAUGUCUUUGCUCAUCCUUUGUGGGGAGCCUUUGUGUAAUGUUUAUGGAUUCUGCAUGUCUGCGCAAGCUGCAAGCAAAGCUGCACGCAUUUCAUGUGGUCCACAGGAUUGGCAGGAUCCAGCCAUGGAGGCCAUUGACUGGCCUUUGAUUGAGGCCAUGCGCUGUCGU